CCGGAAAGCGGCUGCCGGGGGAGGAAGAGCGAGAGUGAAGGCCGGGCGGGCUGAGAGCAUCAGCGCGCUGCGGCAGAUGUGGCGGCACCGCUCCUGGGACGUUCCCCAGAGCCCUCCGGGGGAUGGAGACGCGAGACUCCACCUGCCCCACAAAGGUGACUUGCCUUGUCUCCAGGGCAGCCAGCCCGGCCGAUGGGGAUCCAGGAGGAUAAAGCACCGGCCAGCGGUGUAUAAGAAAGCCAUUGCCAAGUCCAGCCUCCAGCACAUGGUAGCCCAGCCUAACCCCGCGGUAGCCCUGAGGAGCGACUCGGAGAGGCAGAUUCGCAGCACUGUGGACUGGAGCGAGACUGCAGUCUAUGGGGAGCACAUCUGGUUUGAGGCCAAUGUCUCUGGGGACUUCUGCUACGUGGGGGAGCAGAACUGUAUGGCAAAGCUGCUGCAAAAACCUCUCUCCAGGCGCAAGUGUGCAGCCUGCAAGAUCGUUGUGCACACACCCUGCAUUGAACAGCUGGAGAAGAUAAAUUUCCGCUGCAAACCUUCCUUCAGGGAGUCGGGAUCCCGCAACGUACGGGAGCCCAUUGUUGUGAGGCAUCACUGGGUGCACCGGAGGCGGCAGGAGGGGAAAUGCCGGCAGUGUGGUAAGGGUUUCCAGCAGAAGUUUGCCUUCCACAGUAAAGAGAUUGUGGCCAUCAGCUGUUCCUGGUGCAAGCAAGCGUAUCACAGCAAAGUGUCGUGUUUCAUGCUGCAACACAUCGAAGAGCCCUGCUCGCUGGGGGCUCACGCUGCUGUCGUCGUUCCUCCCACCUGGAUUCUGCGGGUCCGGCGGCCCCAGAAUCCACUGAAAUCUAGCAAGAAGAAGAAGAGGACAUCGUUCAAGCGGAAAUCCAGCAAAAAGGGGGCCGAGGAAGGGAGGUGGAAACCCUUUGUCAUCAAGCCCACACCAGCUCCUCUCAUGAAGCCCUUGCUGGUGUUUGUGAACCCCAAGAGUGGUGGGAAUCAGGGAGCCAAGAUCAUCCAAUCCUUCAUGUGGUACCUCAACCCACGGCAGGUUUUCGACCUCAGCCAGGGUGGACCCAAGGAGGCGCUGGAGCUGUACCGCAAGGUCCACAACCUCCGGAUCCUGGCGUGCGGGGGUGAUGGCACGGUGGGCUGGAUACUCUCCAUUCUGGACCAGCUACGCCUCAACCCACCUCCUCCUGUGGCCAUCCUGCCUUUGGGGACAGGGAAUGACUUGGCCAGGACACUGAACUGGGGUGGAGGUUACACAGAUGAGCCUCUGUCCAAGAUCUUGUCUCAUGUGGAGGAUGGGAACAUUGUGCAGCUGGAUCGCUGGAAUCUCCACGUGGAGCCAAACCCUGAGGCCAGCCCUGAGGAGAAGGAUGAGGCAGCUGCUGACAAGCUCCCCUUGGAUGUGUUUAACAACUACUUCAGCCUCGGCUUUGACGCACGGGUGACGCUGGAGUUCCACGAGUCUCGAGAGGCCAACCCAGAGAAGUUCAACAGCCGGUUUCGGAAUAAAAUGUUCUAUGCUGGGACGGCUUUCUCUGACUUCCUCACCGGGAGCUCCAAAGACUUGGCCAAGCACGUCAGGCUGGUUUGCGAUGGGACGGACCUGACCUCCAAGAUCCAGGACCUGAAGCCCCAGUGCUUGGUCUUCCUGAACAUCCCCAGGUACUGUGCAGGCACCAUGCCCUGGGGCAACCCUGGUGAGCACCACGACUUCGAGCCUCAGCGCCACGACGACGGCUGCAUUGAAGUUAUCGGCUUCACCAUGACAUCCCUGGCUGCCCUGCAGGUCGGUGGCCACGGGGAGCGGCUGUGCCAGUGCCGCCAGGUGCUUCUCAGCACGUCCAAGGCCAUCCCCAUGCAGGUAGAUGGUGAGCCCUGCAAGCUGGCAGCUUCCUGCAUCCACAUCUCCCUGCGCAACCAGGCCAACAUGGUGCAGAAGACCAAGCGCCGCAACUCCGUGCCUCUGCUCAACGACCAGCAGCCGGUGCCCGAGCGGCUGCGCAUCCGUGUGAGCCGCAUCAGCAUGCGCGACUACGAGGCGCUGCACUACGACAAGGAGAAGCUCAAGGAGGCCUCUGUGCCGCUGGGGAUCAUCGUGGUGCCGGGAGACAGCGACUUGGAGCUGUGCCGGACUCAAAUUGAGAGGCUGCAAGAGGAGGGAGAUGGAGCCAAACCGAAGACGCUGUCGUCCCAGAAGCUGUCACCCAAAUGGUGCUUCCUGGACUCAACCACAGCAGAUCGGUUCUACAGGAUAGACCGUGCACAGGAGCACCUCAACUAUGUGACAGAGAUCUCUCAGGAUGAGCUCUAUGUGCUGGACCCAGAACUGGUGAUCACCCAGACCGUGGGCACCUCUCCUGCCAUGCCUGACCUCGUUGACACAUCUGCUGCACCCACUGGGCAUCAUUUUGCUUUCCCUUCCUCUUCCUCCACUCCCCCCUCCUCUCCUGCCCUUGGCGCUGAGCCCGAGCGCUGCCUCCCACACAGAGAUGACCUUCUGAUAGAAGCUGCCAAGAGUGGCAACUUCAGUGAGUUCCAAGAGCUGCACCGUGCUGGAAGAGACCUGAUGGUGCGAGAUUCCUCAGGCCAGACUGUCCUCCACCAUGCUGUGAAAUCAGGGAGCAAGGACAUGGUCAAAUACAUCAUCGAGAAUGCCCCUUCAGAAAUCCUUGAUGCCACAGAGGAGGAGAACGGUGAAACCAGCUUGCACCAGGCUGCAGCCCUGCGCCAGCGCACUAUCUGCCACUACAUCGUGGAGGCUGGGGCUUCACUCAUGAAGACAGACCUGCAGGGAGACACCCCCAAGCACCGGGCUGAGAAAGCCAAGGACCCCGACUUAGCUGCCUACCUCGAGAGCCGACAGCACUACCAGAUGAUCCAGCGGGAGGACCAGGAGACAGCUGUGUAGUGCUCAGCGUGCCUUAGCCCCAGCCAGCUCAGGCAGGAUGAGGAGAGCACAAAGUGAGGCUGGCCCAGCCCUUCCUAGAUGUCAACCUGGUCCCUGGAGGAGAUGGAUACAGAAGAGCUCUGUCCUAGGCUGGGCUAAGAUUCUGUCUGUGAGGACAGUGGGUAUUUGGGACUUGAAGCUUGGCUCUUUGUGUGUCCCCACCUUUGCUCCUCACCCACCACAUUCCCUGCCCUUGGUGGGCUCCAUCCUGCAGCCCUGCUGGGACAGGCCAGGCCCAAGCCCUGGGCACCCUUGUGCAGGUGAGUGAUGCCAGUGCCCACCUCUGCAGGCUCCUGCCUCUGAUCCUUGUGGGAUGUGGUUGCUCAGCCCCUCUGCCUGUCACUGUGUCCCUCCUUUAGAUGCUUGGCUAGGUUUGUGUCCUGUUCCUCCUCUCCUGUCUGGCACAGCCACGGGAGGCACAGGCUGUGUGGGCAGACAGCAGGAGCCAUGAGCCUCAGACUUUGCCCCAAGGGGAGCACUGUGACUUACUGCCCCUGCCUCAUCCUCCUCUCCUGUGGGUUUGGGGCUGCUUUGGGUCUCUGUGUUGCCCUGCCAGGGCUUUCUUCAGUAGAAGGGGAGUCCCUGGCACACUCAGCCUUUCCUUGGAGCAUCUGGGACUGGCACAACUGGAAGCAGGGCAGACCCUGCGCUCCUGGUUGCUUUUAGUGCUCAGCACUCUGGCCUAGGGUAGGGAUGGCAUGGAGGAGAGCUACUGAGCUCUCUCACCAUCCUUCUCUCACAGGGUUGGGUGGGGGGCAGUCUGCAUGCCCAGUCUCUGCUGGGCAUCUCUUUGUGACCCCUCUGCAGCACAAAGCUGAGGUGGAGAGCUGCCUUUGGCCUUUGUUUCCCAAAUGCUGACUUGGAUCUGUCUGCCCCUUCUAUUUCAGCUCCCCUCCUGCAGCCAGCUGUUGCAGUGGGCUGGAGGGGCAGUGCUGGGGGCAGUGCUGCUCUCAGGGAUUCUCCUCAUGCCCCCUGACCUGUCAACACAACAUCCUCUGAGCCUGACUCAAACUGGGCGCAGGGCUUUGCAAGGGAAAGCUUGAGAGCUCACCCAGCCCAGACACAAGGUCCCCAGACAGCCCCCCCAUUUCACCCUCUCCAGUUCUAGCAGAAAAGAAAGACUUGGAUGCAUUGGGAUGCUCCAAAUGGGAGCCACACCUGCAAUGGGGUGGCUUUUCACCUCCCCCCUGCCAUGGGGCACCACGACCCAUCUCCCCUGCGUGUGCUGAGCGUCCACAGAGGCAUCACACCAAAGCCCUUCAGCUUUGGCAGAGCUGCUGCUCCCUGGGACCAAGGGCUGCCAGCAGAGAGGGAAAGCUGAUGGCCUUGGGCCUUGCAGUGGUGCCUGAAGUGGUGAAGAGGGUUGCUGCUCACAGCUUUGAGUCCUGAGAGAAGGAUUCUGCUGCUGCCCAGGGCUCGGUGCUGUCCCAGCUGCCCUCCCGCUGGGUAGUGCUGGGAGGGGCACCACUGCUAUCCCUCCCAAUACCAAAAAGGAAUGAGGAUACAGCAGAGAGCCAGAACAGGCUGAGACUUAGGGACAGAGUUCCCUUGGAGGGCCAGGGGCUGCUGUGGUGAGGAGCAGAGCAGAGUGCCAGCCGAGGCUUGCGAGCUGGGCUGCCCACCCUUCCCACCAGCACCGCUCCCAGCCCCACUCCCCCACAGGCACCUCCUCAGAGGUCCAAACCGCUUCCCCAGCAGCUGGGACCCCCCCUCCCUGUGCCCAGAGGCGUUUACAGCCCCACCUUCCCCCUCCCUCCCCACUUUUGUAUCUAGUUUUCCUACAGGUAGUUGAGAGACACACUGUCCCCCCUCCCGCCCAGCCCCUCCGCGCUGAGCCGAGUUGCUGUGCAAUUCCCAGCCUGGCUUGUCUGGGCCAGGGCAGAGGGGGUGAGGGCAGCCCUGCCUGUGGAGGGCAGACCUUCUGUGCAAUACCCACCCCUCUCUCCCCUAAAAGCUGGCGUAGGGCUGUGGUUUCUGGUGUGUCUGUGUGAGGGGGCCUGGCUGCAGCAGGCCCAGGGCCCGGCGCCGGCCUGUUUCCUCGUCGCUUUUUCCACUUUGGGACUGUUUGUUUGUUGUUUCUUGCCAUUGAAAUAAAGAGAUGGAUGUUUUA